GUUGAGAGCUUGUGAAAGCAUCCUCUCGGACCAGGUACUGAUCAUCGCUUUGAUAAGCUAUUACCUCACCAACUAGAUAAUCAGACGUGAGCCCUCGGCCGGAUUCCUCCUUUUGCUCCUCAGCCUAAGAGGUUUUAGCAGCCGUUUCCAGCGGUUGUUCCCCUCCCAAGUGCAGGUUCUUACGGCAAUGUCUCAUUUCCUCUGAACUUGGAACUGUGAACUAAACGAUCAAUUCGCCGGGUACUAACUUUCACAGUUUCACGGAUUGUACCUUGGCGGCCGCCGGGACGCCGCCACCUCUUCCCACCCACUAUUGACUGUAGAACUUCGCGUUCGCUUUUCUUCUUAGAAGACAAGAUGGAGCUGCCAUGGUUCUAGUUUUUACACUUCAAUCAAUCCUCUUUUAUCAAAGAGAAUGGGAGAAGAAAGGGGAAUGACAGCGGAAGAAUCAUCACAGAAACAGUACAACCAGGAGGCAAGUUCGCAAUGGCAGAACGCCACCGCCGGAGCUGUGGCGGGGUUCGCCACCGUCGCUGCUAUGCAUCCCCUCGACGUCGUCCGGACUAGGUUUCAAGUAAACGACGGCCGAGUAACCGGUCUCCCGACUUACCGGAACACUGGCCACGCUGUAUUAACCAUUGCUCGUAUGGAGGGCAUCAGAGGGCUUUAUGCAGGAUUCUCCCCAGCGGUUCUUGGUUCCACCGUAGCAUGGGGUCUAUAUUUCUUCUUCUACAGCAGAGCUAAACAAAGGUAUUCAAAGGGCAAUAAUCAAAGUCUGAGUCCUCUUCUUCAUCUUGCAUCUGCUGCAGAAGCUGGAGGUUUGGUUUCCCUGUGCACAAAUCCCAUCUGGCUGGUAAAGACAAGGUUUCAGUUGCAGGCCCAUCAUCAAUCUUCCCGACCCUAUUCUGGACUUUAUGGUUUGUUUAAUGCUUUUAAAACAAUCAUGAGAGAGGAAGGAUGGAAGGCACUAUAUAAAGGACUUGGUCCUGGGCUUAUUUUGCAGGUUUCUCAUGGUGCCAUCCAGUUCACUGUAUAUGAGGAACUCCGCAAACUUCUCCUUCACCACAGAUCCAAUGGGACAAAAGGACACCAUGAUAAUGCUGAUAGUAAUUUACUGGUGAGAGUCUUAACUUUUAACAACUAACUUUCAUAAUUCCAACCGGCAAUCUUCAAUUGGUAUUAGUCCAUCGACAGGCAUACUGUCCUGUGCCUUAGAAUAUGAUCUCAUGACUGGUAAGUUGUCCUGAUCUCAUGACUUGAAAUUCUACAUGUUCUGUAAUCUGCCUGAUGCCUCACAUCUUAGGGAAGAUCCUUUUCUCAGUACAGGAGGUAAUACUAAUCGUACUUCCUGCACUGAAUAAUAGUACUUAAAUAAGUUCAAGAUAAAAAUUAUUGCUGAUAUAGCUAUUGUAGAAAUAUAAAUCCUAAAUAAGACAGGAAUUGAGUUAUAGACUACUGCUCAAUCAAUGCUCCUACUCAUGCCUAUGAGGAUAAUGAGUAGGCCACAACACACACUACUUGCAAGCCAACUCCUCUUACAAUUAUGUAAACAGGGGUCUCCUUGAGGAUCUGGACAUGUGUUUUCAAUUUUUGCUUCUCCCAUGUUCCUAUAAUGUCUGUUUUCAAUUCUCUCAUGCAGAAUACAGUUGAUUAUGCUGUUCUAGGGGGUUCUUCGAAACUUUCGGCCAUUCUUUUGACCCAUCCAUUUCAGGUUGUUCGAGCUCGUAUGCAGGUAACAACUUUUGUAUCCAUUUCCCCCCCUUGUCUUUCUUCAAUUAUUUCACAUGGAGAAGAAUGGCCAUGUUCUUGUAGGGCCUAUGGUCCAGCAAGAUCAUUUUUCUUUUUCUGUUUCAUUUGACCAUGUUGCCCACAUUGAAGUGAGCCAUUGAAGCGUGUGAUUAUAUGUUGCCUGCUACUGUGUAUCAAGUAACUGUUGCGUUUUUUGGGCGUGGUUUUCUACCCAUCGCUGCAGCAACGGCCAGGUGCUGAUGGGACUCCGAGAUAUUUGGAUAGCUGGCAUGUGGUAAAGGAGAGUUUCCGGUAUGAAGGAUUUCGGGCUUUCUAUAAGGGUAUUACGCCAACUAUUCUAAAAAGUGUCCCUACUUCCUCAAUCACCUUUCUUGUGUACGAGAAUGUCCUCAAGUUGCUGAAAUUGGCAAGCAGGGACUGAACUUUCAGAGGGGCGUUUUGAGUUUUCCAUUGCCAUCCUGCUACUUCUGACCAGCAGAAUCCAGUAUCUACUCUACUGGUGGGAGGACAGGCUAACCAUUGGGUGUUUCCUACUCUGCUACACAUUUCUGGAUCGAGAUACAUCAAGUGACGCAAAUUUACUCAAUGCGUUGCACCCCUCUGCAUAGAUUCAUUUGCUAUGUCCAAGGAUGCAUAAGGAAUUUGUUCUCGAUGGGAAACCUGAUGCAAUUUUGCCAACAAUUUUCCUAACCUUCUAACUUACUGAUAAUUUUGCUUAUUUCAUUGGUGAUUCUUACAAAUUUACUGUGUAAUUGUAGCUUCUGAUAUCUUAUUUGGACUUGUAACGGUACAAUACUUACCGAGACAAUAUGGUUAGACUCUUGGUCGAUGCCAAGUUUAACGAAACUUCAAAUAUCAAACAUGAUAGCUCGCUAAGCCAGGUCCAGUUUCAGUAGUAUACAAGGCAGCAUGUUAUUUCCUUAAAAAAAAACCCUUGACUUAUUCUCUAUUCUCAUCAUUUGAGGAAUGCUUAUGGAGAAAGGCAGCAAUUUCUUCUGACACCUCUUGAGCUUUCUCUUGAUGAAUGAAGUGGUGACCGUUUAAAACUACAACUUCAAGAUCAGGAACAAAGCUCCUGAAGACCCCUCCUUCAAUAUACUGCUUAGUGCCAGAGGUCUCGAACCCAAUAUCUUGAUUACCGACGAUGAACUUUGCCGGUACUGUAACUUUCGAUCCUUGCCAGGGUGCAGAAAUCUCCCAGUUCAGGUCCAUGGCACGGUAAUAGUUGAGAGGACCAGUGAAGCCAGAUUGCUGGAACUUGUCAGCAUAGACUUCCAGUUCCUCCUGAGUGAUCCAGGCCGGCAGAACAGCUGGUGUCUCCAAGUCGUCGAUUAUAUCGAUUCCCGGAGGUGCCACCAUGUUGUCUGUCCUGUUCAACAGCAAGAACUUCUUCAUCAAUGUCAUGCAAUCGUAUCUCGCGAAUGCCUGCUCUGCUCUCCCAGGCUCCUGGAACUGACAUAUGUAAAACCCAUCUCCAAACACCCUGUCGAAAAUUUCAGUGAAUCUAGCUUCAGGGUUCCUGUUGUAGAACGGGACUGAGAGUGCUACCAGCCCCUUCACUCUGUCAGGCCUCAGUAGACUCAGAUACCACCCAGCCAGAGCUCCCCAGUCAUGUCCUAGCACAAAGGCCUUUUCUCGACCGAAAUGGUCGAGGAGGGCGACGAUGUCGCCUACGAUGUGCAGAAGAGUGUAGGAAGAAGGGUUGGCAGGGGAGUCGGAGUCGCCGUAACCCCUGAGAUCAGGAGCGACAACAUGGUAGCCACGGUCGGCCAAGUAGGUGAUUUGGUGGCGCCAAGAGUACCAGAAAUCUGGGAAGCCAUGGAGGAGAAGGACCAGUUGGCCUGUCCCUUUCUGGGCUACAUGUAGCCAUAUCCCAUUUGCUUUGAUUCUCUGGUGAUCUAUACCUUCCAUAUAUAGGCUUGGCUGUGUCUUGCCUUUCUGCAGAUUCACAAUCACAGCAAAUAGGGAAGAGGCAAGUUGAAUAGCUCUAUCUAGUGAUUCCUUCCACCGGCAAAUUGCAGAGGGAGUGGCUAAAUGACUAAAUAUGCCAUCCUCAAAGUCAAACACGGG